AUGCCUCAAGUUAAGACAACUCCUAGGAAGCCAGGUUUAGUGUGUCCACUGUGCUCGGAGAGACUCCCUUCUAAUGAGGAAUGGACAGUUCAUUUAGUGAAGUGCGGUACAAAUGCAAGAGAUAAGAAAAAGUUUGAAUGCGACCAAUGCAACUUUGUCACAGAGAAGAAUGUAUGUCUGAAAAGACAUGUGGAAAGGAAACAUCCAAUAUGCAAUGAACUGGAUGAACAGGAUCCAGGGAGUGUGCUAGACAUACUGGGGUAUGUGUCUGAAGAUGAACCUGAACCUCCAUCCAAGAUAUCCAAGCAAGGUGAGAUGGUCACUAUCAGAAAGCCGUGCCGCCCACAGCCGGUAUAUACACCAAGACAGCCAAGCAUUCAUAAGAACUCUGAACGUGUCUCAGAUAGUGCUGCUACAUCCGUCACAGGUAGUGCACGGGAGCAGGAGGUGCAGACCAGGGAGUUCGGGACCCAGUUGGGUAACAUUAAAACUUUUGUGGACGCGGCCGUACAAACGAACCUUUUCAGUCACAGACGAACCGUAAAGACAACAUCCACGUAUAUGGAGGAUGGGAAGUCGGUGGUGAGAGUUGAAGAAGAGGAAUGGUUCGAUUAA